AUGCUCAUGCCUAACAUUCCCCCCGCCUGCAGCCUGACCUGUCAGCUGCCCCAUGAUCUGCACGCCGGGUGGAAGCUGAUGGGCAGCCUCGGCGUGUGGGCUGUGGCCGCUCUUCUCCUAGGGACCUCCGUCUGGACUCUGUCGGAAGCCCACAGAACCGGCAAAGACAGGCACAGGAUGGAGACGGCCAGCGCCUCGCCGGUCGGCGCCCCCAACGAGCCGCACGCAACGGUUAGUGCCCCUACCCUGCGUCGAUCACCUCUGGAAGUGGAGGCAGUAGUGGUGGGGAUGAUGGGGGUGUCGGAGAGCCAGGAAGAUGUUGGGAUCAGGCUGUACAAUAAAUACAAUGCAGUGACAGCAUUCAAAUCUCUCUCGGACCCGGACGGGGGUCUCUGCCGGAGGACCUACUGCGGCCGCGGCCGGCAGUGCCUGGUGCUGGCGGAGACAGGCCGCGCCGAGUGUGUGUGCCAGGAGAAGUGCCGGCCCUCCUUCGUGCCGGUGUGCGGCUCCGACGGCCGCUUCUACGAGAACCACUGCGAGGUGUACCGCACCGCCUGUCUGGAGAAGAGACGCAUCUACGUGGUUCACAGCAAGGACUGCUUCUUCAAAGGAGACGUGUGCACCAUGUCCGAGUACAACCGGCUGAAGAGCAUGCUGCUUAACAUACAGCCCCAGGGGCUGGGCGGGGACGGGCAGCAGAGCCAGCAGAGGGACAUGGAGCACAAGAGAGCCCUGGUGGACAACAUGUUCAAGUACCUGGACGUGGACCAGGACGGGCGGCUGAGCAGCGACGAGCUCGAAAAGAUCUCCAUGAAGGAGCACCUGGAGGACAGCCUUCUGGAGUGCAGCAUGCAGGACCUGCUCCGCUAUGACGACUACAACAACGACGGACACCUGACGCUCCACGAGUUCUACACCGCUUUCCAGGUGGUCCAGCUCAGCCUGCCCGAGGAGCAGCGGAUCAGCGUCUCCACGGUAACAGUCGGCCUCAGCAUGGUCCUGUCCUGUGCCAUCCAGGGGACACUGCGCCCACCCAUCAUCUGGAAAAGGAACGGCAUAAUUCUCAACUUCUUGGACCUUGAGGACAUCAACGACUUUGGGGAUGACGGCUCCCUGUACAUCACCAAGGUGACCACCAUCCACAUGGGGAAGUACAGUUGCCAUGCAUACGGCUACGAGGACCUUCACCAAACGCAUGUUCUGCAGGUGAAUGUCCCACCAGUCAUCCUGGUCUACCCGGAGACCCAGGCCCAGGAACCUGGAGUGUCUGCCAGCCUCCGUUGCCAUGCCGACGGCAUCCCAAACCCAAAACUCAUUUGGCUGAAGAAUGGCUUGGAUCUUCAGCUGCAAUCCUCCAAACAGAUCUCUCUCAUAGCCAAUGGCAGUGAGCUGUACAUCGGCAGCGUGCGCUACGAAGACACCGGCGCCUACACCUGCAUCGCCAAGAACGAGGUGGGGGUGGACGAGGACAUCUCCUCCCUGUUCGUGGAAGACUCGGCCAGGAAGACCUUGGCCAACAUCCUCUGGAGAGAAGAAGGGCUGAGUGUGGGGAACAUGUUCUACGUGUUCUCUGACGAGGGAGUCACCGUUCUUCAGCCUGGCGAGUGUGAGAUCCGCAGGCACAUGAAAUGCACAGAGAGGAUCGUGGCUACCCAUGAGGAGAUGUGCCCUAAAGGGGAGGGGGUUGCGCCCCAGCGCUGUGCCUGGUCAUCAGCAGUCAACGUGAGGGAGAAGUACAUCUACGUCAGCCAGCCCCUGCAGAGCCGCCUGCUGGUGGUGGACACCCAGGCUCAGAAGGUGGUGCAGGCGGUUGCAACAGACCCAUAUCCUGUGAAGUUGCUGUAUGACAAGUCACAUGAUCAGAUCUGGGUCCUCACAUGGGGGGACAUGCAGAAGACCUAUCCUACUUUACAGGUAAUCCCCCAGGCCAGUGUUGGAGAAGUUCACAAGGCCAUCCGCACAACUUUCCAGCGAGUCAGCGACUUCUUCAUCCCCCCCACCAACCUCAUCAUCACACACGUCAGGUUCGCCUUCCUCUUCCUCAAAAAUGAACCUGCGGUGCAUAAGAUUGACCUGGAGACCCUGCACCGAGUCAAGACCAUCAGCCUGAAGAACUACAGCUGCAUGCCGGUGAGCAUGGCCUACACCCAUCUGAGUGGCUUCUACUUCGUCCAAUGCCAGAGCAGGAGUCACCUCCAAGCCCCGCCCCAGCUCCUCCUGGACAGCGUAACGGACACUGUGAUAGGUCCGAACAGGAACAUCACGGGCCGGCCCUACGUCUCCCCGGACGGCCGCUACAUCGUGACCCCCGACCCCCGGAGCUCCAGGCUGGUGGUCCAGACUGUGUCCUUCACGGGGGAGCUGGCCGUGAGCCAGGAGCUGGACAGCCCCGCCGGCGUCUCGGAUGUCGUCUUCCAGCCCUCCUUCACGGAGUCCAACCAGUACUCGCUGGCGGCCGCCUCGGGCUCCGGCACGGAUCUGCUCUUCUCCCAUCUGUGGUCGGAGGGCCACAGCAAGGUCCUCAGGGGCCUGAAGGAGCCCGUGCGCCCCCAGGCCUGGCCCUGGGGAGGUCCCAACAGGCCGCUGGUCGCCAGUGGAUUGUUCGGACAGUACCUGCUGACGCCGUCCACCGAGUCCCUCUUUGUCCUGGACGGGAAACAGAGCUCGCCGCACUGCGAGGUGUCAGACAUCAAGCGGGGGAACACAAUCGUCUGGGUCGGGGAGGUAUGA